AUGAAGAGCAAUCAGGUUCGCUUGAAUUGUGGAAUAACAAUGCCUGUCAUUGGGUUGGGCACAUAUUCCUUCCAAAACGACAGGAAAACAACACAACAAGCCGUCCAUAUGGCCCUCAAGAUGGGCUAUAGGCAUUUUGACACUGCAAAGAUAUACGGUUCUGAACCAGCCUUAGGAAGCUCUUUGACAGAGGCCAUUCUCGAUGGGAAAGUCGAAAGAGAAGACAUUUUUGUUACAUCAAAGUUAUGGGGAAGUGAUCACCAUGACCCUGUUUCAGGACUGAAGCAGACUCUCAAGAGCAUGGGCAUGGAACACUUGGACAUGUACCUAGUGCACUGGCCAGUGAAAUUGAAGCCAUGGGCUUGCAAUCCCAUUCCAAAUGAAGAUGAGUUUGAAGAUUUGGACUUGGAAACCACCUGGGCUGGCAUGGAGAAGUGCCUGGAUUUGGGGUUGUGUAGGUGCAUUGGUGUAAGCAACUUCUCCUCCAGAAAGAUUGAGCAGCUUUUGGAUUUUGCUUCUGUGCCUCCAGCAGUCAAUCAGGUGGAAAUGCACCCAAUGUGGAGGCAAACAAAACUUCGAGGGGUAUGUGGGGACCACAAUAUCCAUGUAAGUGCUUAUUCACCACUCGGUGGGCCCGGGAAUUCAUGGGGAUCAACACUUGUGGUGAACAGCCCAAUCAUCAAGUCCAUUGCCCUCCAGCGCAAAGCAACCCCAGCCCAGGUUGCCCUAAGAUGGGGAUUAUCAAAGGGAUCAAGUGUGAUUGUGAAAAGCUUUAAUCCAGAAAGGAUGAAGGAGAACAUUGGGGCCGUUGAUCUGAAAUUGGACGACGGGGAUCUCAUGGAGAUAGACAGAUUGGAUGAAAGGAAGAUCAUGAGGGGAGAGUCUCUUGUGAAUGAAACCACAAGCCCAUACAGGACACUUGAAGACUUAUGGGAUGAUGAGAUUUAGUUCAUUCAUUUUACAUUACAUUCUUGUAUAAUUGUAUGCAA